AGAUGUGGGGAUUUAUUUUUAUCAUUCAAUUUAUCGAGCAUUAUUUGUUUGAGGAGAAUUAAUAGAAUUUAUAUGGUUUAUUUAUUUAUGGUUGAUAUUCCUAAAUUUAUUAUUUUAAUUAUUUUUGUUUGAUCUUCCUCCAUUGCCCGUUACCACACCCCUUUCUUAAGCCUAUGCUUUAAUCAGAAGCAAAAGAAACUGGAAGAAGAAUAAGCAAACAGGAUUUCCAUUCAAACAAAAUGGCAACUGUUUUAGAUUCCCAUUUCUUAGCUCUAACUGCCAUUGUAACUUUGGGAUAUCAAAUAUUUUUCUUUAUAAUCACCGCUCUUCUCAAGUUCGAUAAAGUCACUGACUUUGCAGGAAGCACGAAUUUUGUUAUAAUUGCUGUGUUGACUCUGAUAAUUAAAGGAUCAUGGCAUUUUCGUCAGGUAGUAUUGACUUCGCUUGUAGUAAUAUGGGGGCUACGGUUGGCAAUUUUUCUAUUGAUGAGAAUUUUGCAAUGGGGCGAGGAUCGACGUUUUGAUGAGAUGCGCAGUAAUUUGGGGAAAUUAACAGUUUUCUGGAUAUUUCAGGCUGUCUGGGUCUGGACCGUGACUUUACCUGUAACCGUGGUUAAUGCUAGUGAUAGAGAUCCAUCGGUUCAGGCUGAAGACAUCAUAGGGUGGAUUAUGUGGUCAGUGGGUAUCUCUUUUGAAGCUGCAGCUGACCAGCAAAAGCUUUCUUUCAAAAAUUCCCCUGAAAACAGAGGAAAGUGGUGCAAUGUUGGAGUAUGGAAAUACUCUCGCCAUCCAAACUAUUUUGGUGAGAUUUUUCUUUGGUGGGGAAUUUUCGUUGCCUCUACUCCUAUACUUGAAGGUGCUGAAUGGCUGGUGAUUCUUGGGCCAAUCUUUCUGACAUUGCUGCUUCUUUUUGUUAGUGGCCUACCAUUGCUCGAGGAGUCUGCAGACAAGAAAUUCGGGAAUGUUGCUGCAUAUAGGAUUUACAAGGAAACAACUAGCCCUCUCAUUCCACUGCCACAAUCAGUAUAUGGGAACCUACCGUUAUGGUUCAAAGCCAUUUUUCUCUUUGAAUUUCCUUUUUACAGUCGGAGUUAGCCACCCGAAGGGCUAAACUGGUGUAGAAUGAGGCAAGAAGAAACCAAGGAUGAAUUGAAGAUGGGUAAGUAGUAAGUCGGUUGGUGAUUGUGUGUGGAUGGUCUCCAUUGCUCAUCUUUUAUCAUAUGGAUGACCAUGGCCUACCUUAGCUCUGGUAGGUAUGGUUUUGUAGUUCUUUUAGUCAUCCUUCAUGUGUCCUGCAUUAGAUGGAUAUAACAUUUUCUUUUGAGAAGAACAUUGGGUUUGAAGCCGUCAGUUACCCUUCUCUUUUUAUUAUUUGUUAUAUGGUACGAAGACUACAACUUCAUUUGA